AGAUUGAGCUAUUUUUGUUAAUUUUUGACGAUUUUAUUGUUUUAAAUUCAUUCAUUUUGAAUGUUUUGUUAAUAAUUAUCCCCCAAAGAGUUUAUUUAGGUACACUGAGGUGUUUUAUGCCGUUUGUAGAAAGUUUAAAGGGAAAGAAACAGCUUUUUAACCGCUGUUGUUACAGCCGCGGCUAUGCUGUUUAUAAUCUCAGAAAUUACUGGCUGGUGGUUAUACUCACAUUUACUGGAAUUUAUAUAGCAAUUGAAAAUAUGAUGGAGGACUUCUCUGGGUUGGCUCUACCUCCUCUCUUUGGAGGACACAUUCUAGAGGCUGAGUUGGAGCCUGGUGGUGUAGAGCUGGGACCAGGAGAGGUGGUGCUUGACCCAGAUCCAGGCAGCAGUGAGCUGCUAGAGAGCACCCCUCAAGAAGACGAAGAGAGGAGAGCUCUCGACAAAAGGAAAUGUCUGGUGCUGAGCAGGAGGUGCAAAGAAAUUGAACAGGUAAAUCAAAAAAUCCUGGGUCGCCUUCACCAAGUGCAAAGAAUUACACGACGCUUGAAGAAAGAGCGACGGUUCCUCAUGAAAGCUUUAGAUGCCCAUGGAGAUGAUUAUAGAAAUUCCCAGCUCACCAUACUGCUUGAAGAAGAGCCUGGAGCCCACUUGGAUUCUGCUGCCGGAGUCGAGGAGGAAAGACUCAAUGGUUUGUCUGGUUCCUCUGCAACUCUCCAUCAUGCAGCUGGACCGAAGAAAAAGAGACACAGAAUUUCUCGGCAAGAUAAGGACAAAGAUCAGCAGAUUGAACCUGAUGUGUCUGUGUUGGCAGAGACUCACUUUGGAGAAAUGCCAAGCCCAACAUCUCUGUCACACUGAAUGGCGGCCUGCAUAUUUUUCUUGAACUUUAAUUGGAUAAUGCAGCCUUUCCUUAGUCUGACUCUGCACUGUUUGUUGUUUCCCUUGAAGAAACCAAACAGACUGGACUCUUGUAAGACAAUUAAUGUUUACUCAAUUCAGCCCAGAUUUUGUAUUUAUAAGGUUUGUAUAUAUGUAUUGGUAUGUUUUUGACUUGUGUACAACAAGACCUAAUUAUGACCAAUAUACAGUAUUGUGACCAGCUCAGGUUAAAGAGGAUACCACAAAAUGGAACAACAUAAAUUAUCUCACUACUUCCAUGAAUAUUACAAAUUUGUUUCAUUAGUAGCAGUUAUUAAAGUAUAUAAUCUUUUGAAUGUUGGUUAUUAAUAUUGUAAAGUUCAUGUUUUUAACUGUUAAAAUAACUCCAAUGAGCAACUGAGGCAAAUUCACCUGUUUUGUUUUUCUACCACGUUCAAUGUUAGAUCAUUACGAUCAAGAUGUAAAGGCAUUCCACCUGAUUGUGGUGAAAUGUCAUAAUAACAGCACUGUAAAAUUAAAGACAGUUACUUUU